ACGCAUUCCCCUCCCUCGCGCUCUCUCCCCGCUCCGCUGUCACCAACCCCGCCUGCCUAUUUACCGGCCGCGUCGCCCACCGCCGCACGCCUUCCCACCCACCCCCGCGCCUGCCUGCUCCCCGACACCGGGGGCGCCCCCCACGACGCCCCGGCCCCGCCACGGCGGCGACAGCAAGCCGGGACAUGGCGCGCGGCGGCCUCGCCCGCCUGCUCGCCACGCUCAUCCUCUUCCUCCUGCUCGCCACGCCCCUCGCCGCCGGACCUUCACUCGCCGAGUCAGAGGCGGACCUCGCGCGGGGCACGUCCGAGGCAGCGCCGGACGCGCAGCAGCACCUCCUGCCGCGCCCGCUCGUCAUCGAGCUCCCGUCGGCGCGGGCCGGGGCCGAGCUCGACGCCGACGCCGACGCCGACGCCGUGGUAACGGUCGACGUGCGCUGCGCCAGCUGGCGGCUCGCGGCCGAGGCCAACAACCUCGCGCCGUGGGCGGCGGUGCCGCCCGAAUGCGCGCCGCACGUGCGGGACUACGUCACCGGCUCCGCCUACCGCUCCGACCUCGACCUCGUGGCGCGGGAGUCGGCCGCCUACGCGCGCGCCGCCGCGCCGGCCGGCGCCGCCGACGGACGCGACGCCUGGGUGUUCGACGUCGACGAGACGCUGCUCUCCAAUCUCCCAUACUACGCCGAGCACGGCUACGGGGCCGAGUUGUUCGACCACCACAAGUUCGACGAGUGGGUGGAAAGGGGCGAGGCGGCCGCCAUCCCUUCCAGCUUGAAGCUCUACAACGAGGUCCGCGGGCUGGGAUUCAAGACCUUCCUGCUCACGGGCAGAAGCGAGGCGCACCGAGGAGUCACGGUGGAGAACCUCAACAAGCAGGGGUUCCAUGACUGGGAGAAGCUCAUACUCAGGGCAGCAGGUGACCGCGAGAAAACAGCGACAGUCUACAAAUCAGAGAAGAGGGACGAAAUGGAACAGGAGGGUUACAGGAUCCUAGGCAACUCCGGCGACCAAUGGAGCGACCUGCUGGGAUCUUCCAUGAGCGCUCGCUCUUUCAAGCUCCCUAACCCAAUGUACUAUAUCCCGUGACAGAAAGAAACUGGAGAACAGGGCGGGUGAAAGGUGCUCUGCGUUUACUGGAUGCACAUUCUACCAGGCCCUCGGCUGAUGAUGGAAAAUGAAAAAUAAUUUUGCAAUGGAAUUAAACUGUACAAAA